AUGGGGACACAACCUAAGUAUUGCUUUUUGUUCUCAGCAUCACCGGUUUUACGACCAGAUGAUUGGUUUCCGGAAUACCCGGAUUAUGAACUGAACUAUGGUCCAUACAGUCAGAAUGACCAAUAUAAUGGCGCUGAGUAUCAGGAAGACCCUAUUGAGGCCAAUAAUAGUCCUAUAGACGAACCUCAGAAUUCGGUUGAAAAUUUGAUAAAGCCUACGGAGGCUCAGCAAAGCGCUAUACAGACCAACACACAGGCCGUGACAAAUACAAGCGACAAUGCCGUACCCGGCACCAGCUCCAGCGCCAUAGCCGGCACCAGCUCCAGCGCCAUAACCGGCCCAAGCGCCAUAGCCAUACCAGGCACAAGCACGUCCACUGCUGACCAGGCCGAUAAUAAUAAGGUCGCUGACACGAUCGAUUUGGACGACGAUGUAUUACAAAUUCUGGGAGAUGACCCCUCGUCGGCCACAAUAUAUGGCAAAGAGGUACGUGCAGAAAUAGCUACCCGCUUCACACAUGUAGCCACAGAAGGUAUAACUAAAGAAAUCCGUAAGGACCUCCUUAGCAAAUACCUAAUACCUGCUAAUUGCGUGAAAAUAGGCGCACCAAAGUUAAACCCUGAGAUCAAAGCUGCCAUUUCAGAAAAUUUUGCUAAACGAGACAAAGGCAUCGAGUCCAAGCAAAAGGAAAUGGCUUGCGCAAUAUCUUGUCUUAGUGAAAUAAUUACAUCGCAAUUAAAUUUGAAAGAGAAAAAUAACGACCUGUUACAAAAACUUAUAGACCUCGGUCGUAUUUUGUGCGAUUUACAAUACGCAGACAGCGUAACCAGACGCAAUUUUAUACUUUUCUCAUUGAAAAAAGAUCUCAAAGACCAUCUGGCGAAUACCAAGAUAGACACUUGCCUAUUUGGCGAAAACUUGACAGAAACGCUUAAAUCAGCGAAAGCCAUGAUUAAAUCCGGCGGAGAGAUAAAAGCUCCUGUUCCUAAGCAGCCCGUAGCGCAAUACAAGAGGGUGAGAUCCAGUGUGUCACGGCCUUUAAACCGCCGAGGCCCAGCGCCGCGCAGGCCGCCGCCGGGCCCGCCGCCGCCGGUUCCGACUCCGAGGGGUCGCGCGCCUGCUCCCCGCGCGCCGCCGCCCCAGCUACCCCCGGCGCCGCCCGCGCGCUACUACAGGCCGUCGUACGCGCACCAGCCCCCGCCGCGCCACUACUACUAG